CUGCGCCGGUGGCAGGUUUUGGAACUACAUAAUUUUUUUUUAAUUCGACGCUGCCAUUUUCGUUUUGUGGCACGGCUAGGCGGCGGUUUUAGCGUAAAAAAUUGUUGAAAUAGCUGGCAUUUAUACAAAAAGUGUUUAGAUCAUUGUGUUUUGUGUUUGUUUGGCGGUGGAUACUUGGAGCGCGAGAGACUUUUGCGCAAAUUGCGCCAAGUAAUUAUUGACUUCCUCGAGUGUGAAGGUGAUGGUAGUCCGGUAGGUCCGCCGCAGCCAUGCCGCUGCCGAAGCGAUGCGUGGAGCCGGUCCACGUGUCGCGCGGCACCGUGCCGGAGCGGCUCAACGUGCCGUCCGAGCUAGAGGCCGUCACCAACGGCACACUGGCCAAUACUGUGAGGCAAUUGUCGUCACUAUCGAAGCAUGCGGAGGACAUGUUCGGCGAGCUGACCAGGGAGGCGAGCAACCUCGCGGAGCGCACCAACGUGCUGCAGGCGCGGAUAGACAGGCUCGCCAUCAAGGUCACGCAGCUCGACUCUGGGGUUGAGGAAGUGUCUCUUCAAGACAUUCAAAUGCGCAAGGCGUUCCGCUCGUCGCGGACAUUCCAACAGCAACUAUUCAGUCGCAACUCGAUGCCGACGGCCAUGUUGGCGACGUACGCGCGCUGCGAUCGCCCGCCGCCGCUCGAGAGGCUCAACGAGUUCAGAGACGACGGGAGAGACGCGAGGAAGUUCUACACCGACCCGGAUUACUUCUUCGAAUUGUGGAGAAGGGAAAUGCUGCAGGAUACAGAGCGCAUUCAGCACGAUCGCGGGAAGAAGGUGCGGCAACCCCGCAGCGGCGGCGGCGCCGACGGGCGCGGCGCGCGGCGCGUGAGGCCGCCACACUCCACACGGGAGAGACAAAAGGCGGCAGCGGUAACACGCGGCGAGCAUAUCAUGGCACCGGCGCAGCUGCGGCACUACAACAUCGAGCCACAGCCGCCGCCGCUGCAAACGCAGCUCUCACAGCAGUCCAUCCGGCAAGAAUCGGUCUAUGCUACGAGUGUCACGGACGGCGGCUACCGAGUAGGCAUGAACCGCCCACCGUCGUCUCAGGCGGCGCGACCCAACUCCAUCGAGAUCGAGAACCAUCAGAACCGACAACCGAGGCUCACAGGAAACGGACAUGUGAUGGUGGACGAGAGUCCGUACGGGUCGGUGGAGCCCAUCUACGGCGGCAGCGGCGCCGGCACGCCGCGCCGCCCGCGGCCCUCCGUGCCGCCGCCCGCGCCGCCCGCCGACACGCCCAACAACCACACGCCGACCAGAUCGACGUUGCCCCCGCCGCCGCCGCCGCCGGAGGGCACGGCGUCGCCGCCCAUGAUGAACGGCGCGUCGCCGCCGCACCGCACCGCGCUCGACGCGCACCUCGACCACAUGCACGCCGUCAUCGGCAUGAUGUCUUCAGAAGAAGGCGGCGCGCCACUGGGCGCGCUGGCGCUGGCGCCGGCGCCGCCGCCGGCGCCGCCCGCGCCGCUGCCGCCGGCGCCGCCGGAGGAGCGGCCGCCGGAGGAGCGGCCGGCGGAGGCGCGGCCGCGGCCGCCGUCGCCCGGCUCGCUGCUGCGCGGCGCCUCCGCGCUCAAGCCCUCCUCCGCGCGCCCCGCCGCCGAGCCCAAGGAGGACCCGCGCUCCGACCUGCUCAAGGCCAUCCGGGACGGCAUCAAACUGCGUAAAGUGGACAAGCGCGGCGAAGAGACGACGGGCCGCUACGACACGCUGCGCGGAGCGCCCGCCUUCCUCGACGUGGCCUCCAUCCUCGCGCGGCGCGUCGCCGUCGAGCUCAGCGACACCAGCUCCGGCGCCGACUCCGACUCCGACGACUCCGACCAGGUACACCCUUCCUCGACGUGGCCUCCAUCCUCGCGCGGCGCGUCGCCGUCGAGCUCAGCGACACCAGCUCCGGCGCCGACUCCGACUCCGACGACUCCGACCAGGUACACCCUUCCUCGACGUGGCCUCCAUCCUCGCGCGGCGCGUCGCCGUCGAGCUCAGCGACACCAGCUCCGGCGCCGACUCCGACUCCGACGACUCCGACCAGGUACACCCUUCCUCGACGUGGCCUCCAUCCUCGCGCGGCGCGUCGCCGUCGAGCUCAGCGACACCAGCUCCGGCGCCGACUCCGACUCCGACGACUCCGACCAGGUACACCCUUCCUCGACGUGGCCUCCAUCCUCGCGCGGCGCGUCGCCGUCGAGCUCAGCGACACCAGCUCCGGCGCCGACUCCGACUCCGACGACUCCGACCAGGUACACCCUUCCUCGACGUGGCCUCCAUCCUCGCGCGGCGCGUCGCCGUCGAGCUCAGCGACACCAGCUCCGGCGCCGACUCCGACUCCGACGACUCCGACCAGGUACACCCUUCCUCGACGUGGCCUCCAUCCUCGCGCGGCGCGUCGCCGUCGAGCUCAGCGACACCAGCUCCGGCGCCGACUCCGACUCCGACGACUCCGACCAGGUACACCCUUCCUCGACGUGGCCUCCAUCCUCGCGCGGCGCGUCGCCGUCGAGCUCAGCGACACCAGCUCCGGCGCCGACUCCGACUCCGACGACUCCGACCAGGUACACCCUUCCUCGACGUGGCCUCCAUCCUCGCGCGGCGCGUCGCCGUCGAGCUCAGCGACACCAGCUCCGGCGCCGACUCCGACUCCGACGACUCCGACCAGGUACACCCUUCCUCGACGUGGCCUCCAUCCUCGCGCGGCGCGUCGCCGUCGAGCUCAGCGACACCAGCUCCGGCGCCGACUCCGACUCCGACGACUCCGACCAGUGGACCACCGAGUCUCGCGCGUGACCCCGGGCUUCGCCACGCCGCGAGCCGCGCCUGCACCGGCCCCUCGACCCGUGCCCCGCCCCGGCGAAGCCCGAACACAAGCUGCCCGCGCCCGCGCCCGCCCCAGCACCCGCCGGCGUCAGCGUCGCCAUCAUCAUCAAGCCCGAGC